UCAUUUCGUAUAUAAACGCACCCAAUGUGUUACAUAAUAGUUUUCUCAGCGAAAUGAUUACAAUUUGUUGACUUAUUAGAUCGAGACGCUGAACAUCUGUGAUCUAAUAAGUUAUUCCAAUGAUUUGUAUAGCAAGCCAGAGAUUGACAGAGCUAGGUUCGGGUGGAGGCUUCAUCGAAUCGUGUUUUAGUGUCAAAGUAGUGUCAGCAUGCAGACUAGCGUAUGAACACAUUUGCCCCUCUCGACCCAGGUGUAAUGAUGGCACUGUUAACAUUGAUGAGGCUAACCUCGUUAAAAAAUUAUAUUAUACCCGUAAACUGAAUUUUCAUUAAUGUGUAUCAUAUCUCCCUGUAUACUUCCAGUUAUUGACAUAUGUCAAAGGUUCACACCCUGCCCAAGGGUCUCAACCUGUAAUGGGGGUAUCAAUAGCUACGACUGUGUGUGUAACGCUGGAUACACACCCGUUAAGGAUGACAGGACUCCAUUUACCUGUGUGAACAUCGACGAAUGUGCCGGGUCACCCCAAGUGUGUGACAGUAACGCAUUGUGCAACGAUCUAAGUGGCAGGUACUUGUGCACCUGUAUGGAGGGAUUCACCGGCACCGGGACCUCUUGCACAGCCACUGAACCUUGUGCUCUGUCACCUUGUCUAAAUGGAGGCACUUGUACGACUAGCGACGAUGGAGCAUCGUAUGUUUGCACGUGUGCAGAAUCAUACACUGAUGUUCAUUGUAACACUCAAAUGAGGGAGGAAGGACCUCUUGCGGUUUUCACGAACCCGUUGUCUCAGAUGGUAGAUGUAGAGAAGCGGGUCACCUUUUCCUGUUCCAUCCACAACGCGCGAAGGUACAUGUGGUACAAGGACAGUGUCCCCAUCUUGGGCAGUGAGAACAGGUCCCCGUUAGUUAUCAGUCCAGCUCUGGCCGAGGAACAGGGAUACUAUUAUUGCACUGCUGUCGGGGAGGACGGCAAAACUUUGACCACAAAACAAGCUUUGUUGACAGUCAAUGGUGUUGAUAACUAUGUAGUAAUGGCGUCAUUCAACAAGACUUUCAACAGCAGUCUUUUGGAUAGAUCUUCCUUAUACUUUCAGCAGCUCUCAAAGGAAUUAACCAAGUUUAUCCUGACACCUCUCCAGAAUAAUUUUGAAGCCACCGUUGCAGUUGGAGUAAACAUCUUCUCACCUGGAAGCGUGAAUGCACAAUUCGGUGUCUAUGUAUAUAAUGGUUCAGUACCCGAUGGUGAACAACUGUCCAUCAUCAGUUCUACAAUUACAAGCCUUGCUGAGGGGAACCCUAACUUCCUGGACCCAGCCUCUGUUCAAUCAUUUAGUGCAGUGACCUGUGCAGCCGGGGCCUAUAUGACAACAUAUGGCUAUGUGGCCAUGUUUGAUAGUGGUGUCAUCGGAAGCAGAGCUAACUCAACCGAUACAAAAUGCCCUGAUUAUACCGUAAAUCGGGAUCAUCGUAUAGAAGCCAAUUGUUCUGGUGACACUAUUCGAGCUUGUGUUUGGAAACCCGUGAUGAACUGUGGAAGAAACUCGACUGCUGAUGAACUUCUCAUGAUCGUAAAAAAGGUUCGUUACGGUCUUUUCCUGUCAGGAACGUAA